AUGGAGGAGAAUGGAAGAGAUAAAAGAGAAGAAUCACAACCACAAAACAGGAAUAUUCCAGAGAUAAGAGUGGAGAAGGUUAAUGGGAUCUUUAACUUUGUUUUGAAUGAAGUGGCCAUGAAGAACCUCAGACAUCCAUGGUGGGAUACUCUUAUUGUGAAGUUGAUGGGCAGAAAAAUAUCAUUACCAAUCCUCACCUGUAGGUCAGAGAGUAUGUGGGGGAAGCAUGGAAGUAUUGAGGUGAUCGACAUUGGCAAUGAGUUCUUCAUUGUAAAGUUCUUCUCACAAGAGGACCUUGACUAUGCACUGACAGAGGGACUGUGGAGGAUCUUUGACCAUUAUUUAUCAAUCAAAUUUUGGAAGCCGAAUUUCAAUCCAAUAAAGGCAACAAUUGAUACAAUGGCAGCAUGGGUGAGGUUACCAGGUCUAGCCAUUGAGUACUAUGACAAAGAGAUGCUAGAGAGGAUAGGUAGUAUUAUGGGAAGAACUCUCAAGGUAGAUUCCAACACAGCCGAAAAGUGCAGAGGUAAAUUUGCUAGGCUGUGUGUGGAGCUCGACUUGACAACACCACUUAUAUCUCAAUAUUCCAUCAAUGGUGUGAGGUAUUUGGUGGAAUAUGAGGGGUUGUAUGAUAUAUGCUUUACUUGCGGUAUGGUAGGCCAUGAAAAAGCAAAAUAUCCAAUGAAUGUAGUGGCCGGAGAGGAGCAGAAUAAGUCGACGGCAACAGGAAAAGAAGAUAGUCAAGGAAGAGAGGUUGAGGAUGUAGAACAGUAG